AUGGCAUCUGAAGGCAUCAGUGAAGACAAUAUGACGGAGAAUAUAUUGCACAGAGUUGUGGCGAACAACCUAAAGGGGAGGGGUGUAGAUGUUGUGUCGUUGCUGCCCAAAACCAAACCUGCACAAGGCAAAGAGGCCAUAGUGAUAACACAGGUGGCUGAGAUGCUUAAGGAGACUGGUGACUGGGUACAAGAAAGACACGUACAACGGAUAGCUGACACAGUCGAUGGUGUGGUAAAUUAUAUCCAGGAGAAUCCAGGAAAUGUUGGAAACUUCUACCACAACUUGAUGGCGCAAAUGUUUGACGAUGGCAUUAUCAACUGGGGAAGGAUUGUUAUGUUAUUCUACACACUGGGGAAACUCGCUGUGAGGCUGGUGACUACAGGCCUCGGGGAUGUGAGAGAGAUGCUGACCCAGGCUGUGGGAUACCUGAGGAAGAAUGUGGUCGGCUGGAUCAUCAGAAUGGGUGGAUGGAUGUGUAGCAUUGCUGCCAUUGCAAAGUUCCGUAUCACAACCGUCCCGCUGGUGACCCCGCCCAAGCCCACCUCUGAGGGAGCCAUUGCCCUCACCUACCUGACCAGUGGCAUGGUACUGGGGGGCAUCCUGGUCUUCUGGAUGAUGAGCAAAACAAAGCAAUGA